GAGGGUGUACUUGUUUGUGGGUUUCUAUUUGUUGGUGAUUCCUGACUCGGUUUCGGCUCUAGAACAAAACCAGCAUUCUUUAGGAGAAUUAGAUACAGGUGAAUGUUCCUCCUCAGCUGAGGAAGCCGACUGGAAACAAAAUACAGACUUCAGAGUACCUUUACAGAGUAGGGUGAAACUGAACCUAAGGAAGAUACGGAAUGAACAUAUUUUUGUAAUGUCCUGUUGGUUAGUACCAGAAUAUAUUAGCACUUUAAAAUCCCAAUAGAAAUCUAUAGAGUAGGAAAACAGGGAGAAUUCUUACUGCAGUUCAUAAUUUAUCUUGCUGUUUUGAUUUUGCCUGGGUACUAGCAACUGUCCCUAGUGCUUUGGAGUUUUGUUGUUAGAGCACUAGCUUGUCUUUCAGAUUAAGCUGACUGAAGUGGAAUAGAAUAAUCUCACAUAAUAGGGUAUACUUGCCUGGCAGUGGAUUUCAAAAAAUUAGCAGAAGUUAAAAGAAUAUUCCUAGAAUGUACUAGUUCUCUUUGGUAGUAAAAAUUUUCUAUUUUUUAUUCAUGGGCCAAUAAAACAUCUUGUGAACUCUUUGUUGACUUCAGAGUAGUGUUAAUAUAAAAAUUAACAGUGGCUUAUACCUCAGCUGUGUCCAUGUGGACCUGGCUUCUCUGUUUAUAUUAGCAGUGUCAUCUGUAAGGCAUAAGUAGUCAAAUUUGUGUUUGGGUGCAUCAACCUCUGAUUUUGACAUUAACUUUCAAUAUUGCUUAUUUUCAUUUGCGACUUGUCCUGGAGUGGUGUUCUGUUGAUGUCAGAAAAAGAUGACAGUCAUGUCCCAUUCAAAGGAUCUCAAGGACGACUUCCACAGUGACACUGUACUUUCCAUUUUAAAUGAGCAGCGCAUUCGGGGUAUUUUGUGUGAUGUCACCAUAAUCGUGGAGGACACCAAAUUUAAAGCCCAUAGUAAUGUGCUGGCAGCUUCAAGCCUUUACUUUAAAAACAUUUUUUGGAGUCGUACUAUCUGUAUUUCAGGUCACGUACUGGAGUUAGAUGAUCUCAAAGCUGAAGUGUUUACAGAGAUACUGAAUUACAUCUACAGUUCCACAGUAGUUGUUAAGAGGCAGGAAACUGUAACGGACCUUGCAGCUGCAGGGAAAAAACUGGGAAUAUCAUUUCUAGAAGAUCUUACGGAUGUGAAUUUUUCAAGUUCCCCUUGUCCGUAUUCAUACUGUGUUAAUGAAAAAGGGACCGUCAAAGAGGAAAGACAUGAAAAGCGACAUGAAGAUUCUGCUGUGACAAAUGGACCACGAAUUACAAAUGCAUUCUCAAUUUUUGAAACAGAAAGCAAUUUGUUUUCUCCCCUUGAUUUGAGGGCCAGCUUUAAAAAGGUAUCUGAGACGAUACAAGCUCCUAACAUUGGCCUUGACAGAAGUGAUGUGUGCAAAGAUGCUGAGCCAGCCAGUACUUUGGCUGAACACUCCUAUGCAGUUUCUUCUGGGGGAGAUACUUCACAAGGAGCACCUUUUGUUGACCAGGAGAUCAGCCCUUCAUACCAGGUGGGUGAGGACCGCUGUGAAAAUCACCAAGCCACUCCAGUCAUUCAGCAGGGAAAACAAGCAGGUAGUACUCCUAAGUCAGCCUUUAAGCCCCAGGGUACUGGUUUGGCUGUAGCAAAAGUACCUGCUUCUACUGUAAGCACUGCAGAAGCCCAGCAUGAAGCAGUUACUGAUCAGACAAUUACUUCCUUACCAAAAUCUCAGAAUAAAGCAGGAGAUUUGCAUCUAUCCAGAGAAGAGGAAAACGCUUCUGCUAAGGUCUCUGCAUCUGGGGCGACUGUCGCUCCACCUGUUUACAGUUGUAACUGUUGUGCAAAAUCAUUCAAUGACCGGGUGUUACUCACUGCUCACCUUCAGCUCCAUUCAGAGCAUCAGGAAACUUUCAUAUGCAAAUACUGCAGCAAACAAUUUGCGAAUCUAAAUGUACUGGAAAGUCACAAACGAGUCUGCAUGAGAUCAAGUAACUUACCGUCUCACAAUGGAAAUGAACAAAAUUUUGCCGGUAACUGUACUGCUACAGAGGGACAGAACGGAAGUUCCUGUGCGAACACAGAGCCUCUGUUGUCUGAGAACAGUACCACUGAUUGUUCUAAUGCAAACUGCACUUUACCAGAAACGGAUCAUUUGGUUAAAGUCGUUGAUGGGCAGGUAUUAUACACUUGUGUUGUCUGCAAGCGUAGUUAUGUCACAUUGUCCAGCCUUCGAAGACAUGCAAAUGUGCAUUCCUGGAGAAGAACAUACCCUUGUCACUACUGCAAUAAAGUCUUUGCGUUAGCCGAGUAUCGCACCAGACAUGAGAUCUGGCACACUGGAGAAAGGCGCUACCAGUGCAUUUUCUGUCUGGAGACCUUCAUGACUUACUAUAUACUGAAAAAUCACCAGAAGUCUUUCCAUGCAAUUGACCAUCGCCUGUCAGUAAAUAAAAAGACAGCCAAUGGGGGUUUAAAACCAAGUAUGUACCCAUACAAACUGUAUCGACUCUUACCUAUGAAGUGCAGGCGACUGCCUUAUAAAUCCUAUCGGAAUUCUUCCUAUGAAAAUGUUCCAACAAGUACCCAGGCUAAUGAAACUGCUUCUACUAACUGUUUCAUUCCAAGUUCUCUUAGCUCUGAGUUACCACCGCUGAAUUUUCAACAUGGUAUAGUGUCAAAUAACAGACCUCUGGCCUUGGAUAGAUCUUCAUGUAAUGAUACAGCAUCUUCCACAAAUACUCAGAAUUCCUCUUCCUGGGGAGUAGGCAUUUUAAAUUCUGAACUGCAGAGGGACUUUUUCCCAGCUGAAAAAAGAGUUUCCACUUCUGCAAAUGACUCAGGUGAUUGCUCAGUUGUGUCUUCAGCUAAUGGGAAUGAAAAUUCAACCUCUGUCAUCAGUUACAGCAGCUCUGCGCCCUCUGUUAUAAUGCACAGUAGCAGAGUUUCAUCAGUAAUAAUGCACAGUAAAACAGUCACUUCCAUAGAAAAGACUAAGGCAGAAUCUUCCAAUAACCUACCCAGUCAGUCAGUAAGUGAUGACUGUAAGUAUGGGUCGGAUAAUUAUGGGAAGUGCAAUACAAAAUCAAAAACUAUUAAGGAGAAAAAGAAAACACCACUGUACAACAGAACAGAAGCAGCUGAGGAUAUGCAGCACAUGACAGGAUCUGGAGGUUCAUGUAGCAAAACUACGAAUACUGUCCAAGAGUCCAGUAAAACUGAAACAUACAUUGCAAAGCCUGCCUUGCCUGGAACAUCUGCUGACAGCAACGUUGCACCUCUUUGUCAGAUAACAGUAAAAAUUGGUAAUGAAGCUAUUGUAAAAAGACAUAUAUUAGGAUCCAAAUUGUUUUGUAAAAGGGGCCGAAAAUCCAAACAUGAGUCCAAACAGGACAAUCUCAUUGAAGAACCAGAAAUGGAGGUCAAAGAUAAAAGCCCAUCUAGACUCUACAGCUCAGAAUGCCUGGAGAUGACAGAAAUGUGUGAUGAUGUUAGUGACCAGGAUUCCAGUGAUAAACCCUGGAGACCUUACUAUAAUUACAAACCAAAAAAGAAAUCCAAACAGCUAAGAAAAAUGAAAAAGACCAAGUGGAGGAAAAAACAUGGAAGCAAGAACACCGGUGUGGAAAGCCACAACACAUGCAAUCGAGAGUAUGCACUCAGGAAUGCUCCCGAGGAAAAGGUGGUCAGCCAGGAGGAGAACACAGAAAUGCCUAAUCUUCAUUGUGAGCUCUGUGAAAGAGACCAGUCUUCCACAGCUGAAGCUCAAGAACACGUACACUGGCAUGUAGCUGCUUCAAAGCCUUACAUCUGUGAGUUAUGCCAAAAACAAUUUCAAAGUCCAUCCACUUUAAAAAUGCAUAUGAGGUGUCACACUGGGGAAAAGCCCUACACUUGCAAAACCUGUGGUAAAUGUUUCUCACUUCCUGGAAAUCUACAGAAGCACGAACGUAUUCACCUGGGUGUCAAAGAUUUUGUCUGCCAAUAUUGUAAUAAGGCAUUCACUUUAAAUGAAACACUCAAAAUACAUGAAAGAAUUCAUACUGGAGAAAAACGCUACCACUGUCAGUUUUGCUUUCAGAGCUUCUUGUAUCUUUCUACCAAAAGGAACCAUGAGCAAAGGCACGUACGUGAACAUAAUGGAAAAGGAUAUGCUUGCUUUCAGUGCCCCAAAAUUUGCAAGACUGCAGCUGCUCUGGGAAUGCACCAGAAGAAACAUCUAUUCAAAAGUUCAGGUGCACAAGAUAGAAAAGAACAGUUUUGCAAUGAAAGCACUAAACUUUUGGAAAAUCCACAUUUCCUUGGCUCAGGAGGAAGUGAAGUGAAAAAUACACAAAAUGUAACUCCAGAAGUUACACUCUGAGUGACAAUUGUGCAAAACAGAAGAAAAAUCCAAAACUAUAUAUUGGAGAAGAUAAAGAUGUAUUGAAUGGGGAAAUGUAUCAGGUCAAAUUUCUUCUUCUAAAUGUGUGUCAAUAUAUGCAAAAAAAAAAAAACAGAGAAAAACUAGUAUUUGCAAUAAUACAAAUUUAAUUUGGAACACCCCAAAUACAUUUGCCACAGCAAACUCUAGCAUAGAGGGAAAGAAAAAUGACCAACCCACACCCUUCUACUUAAUGUUACAAGAAACUAGUCACUGAACUAUUUUUUAGUUCUGGUUUUGAGUCAGAAUCAUUUGAAGCAAAAGAAACAAAUAGAUUCAUGGUGUAUUCUGUAGAAGAAAUUUUUGCUACAGAAACCACAUACUGCAUUUUUUUAAACAAAAAUAAUGUGUUUAUAAAGGAAAUAAUUGUAAUCUUGUGUAUUCUAAAGUGAAGGUGAGAUUGUUUCAUGGGCUUGGGUGUGCCGAAUUACAUUUGAGUUCUGCCAUGCUUUUCUGUAACUCAGCUUUUACAAAACAUAUUCAGGAGUUUAAACUACUGUUUUCCAUAUUCAGUUUUGUAGUUAUCAUAAUAACUGUUAAGUCUGAGUGCUGGUGUAAGAAGUAUAUAUAUCUCUGAGACAUUUAUUAAAGGUUCAGUGGGACUUGCUAUAGCCAGUCUUCCAAAAUGCAUAAAUCCCCAUGUCAGUGGCCUAGUGACCUCUUCAGGUGCAUUGGUCUAAAGAAAAUUGUUGUCGUGAAACAGAAAUCGUGUAUAGAAAUGUCCACCUCCUGGUGGCUCUGCAACUCUUGUCUUUUAGUAAUCUAGUUCUUCUCAACAGAAGGACAUGCAGACAGAAUUUUUCUUCUCGUCCUGGAAUAAUGCCUGGACACAAACAAUAGAGCAACUCCCCGUAAAUACUUUGAUUUUGAGAGGAGUAGGUAAAUAAGAUUCCUGCUUCCAUAUAUAUCCCUGAAGCUAUCCCUCUGCAUAAAACAGGUACUGGGCCAGUUUGUGGGAUUCCCUGUCAUCUCCAUGCCCUUAAAUGUAGUAUUUAAUCUUCAGAUGUCCCUGCUCAGUGAUCUACCAACCAUUCCAGCAAUGUCCUGUGGCCACAGCAGAGACAGGCCAGGAGCGGGCUGCUGGAGGGGAAGGAGCGUUGGCCUUCCUGCCUCCCUCAUCCUGCCACACCGAAGGGUUAUGGUGAGCCUUGCAGCUGCACAGUUCACCAUGAACUAGGAGAACAGGCUUCUGAAAAACAGUACCUAAAUAUCCCAGUUAAUACCAUUUUGUGGAAGUGUGAUUCAUUUUAACUGAGAUGUUUAAAGUCCAAGCGGUGUAUGUCUGCAAGUUGCAUUUUAUAGGAUAGGGCUCUCUUGUACCAUAUCUGCAUUUCCAAUAGUCAUGUACGUUCAUCCCUGUGAAAUGUUAAAAAAUUAACUCACAGCAAGGGUUAGUGAUUCUCGACUUCAUUCUCCGUGAUGGUUCACAAUUUGUUACUUAACUUCGUCUUGAAUAUUUUCAAAGAAACUAUAGCUUGGGUACAAUGAAACUAAAUUGAAAUGAUAAUACAGUAUUGAUUGAAGUAAUAAUACAGUCCACUUACUCUGUCACUGGUGAAUGCUAUGGACCCUUGGAGAAAUUCUGGUUUCAUGGCAGCUUUGGUUCCAUUUAAAUAAGGAUAAUAGAAUAAUAAACACAAGAAAGUGUAAUGAUGUUUCAAAGAAAGUACACAAAGAUACCUUCUAAGUGGACUUGUAUGGUGAUAAAUAUAGACCAAAGCAAAUAAGGUAGAAUAUUUAUAAAUACAAAGAUAAUUUUACAAAUAUUUUAUAUAACUGUAUAGUUCAUAAGAAGAAUAUUGUUAGCUUGUGUUAGGUUUGGGGGGGGUUUGUAUAUUUUGAUAACACAACGACUUUGUAACUCUGUAUAUUCUCUACAGUUUAUAGCAAAGCAGUUUUAAGAUGGCAAUGUCAUGUUUAUAGUUCAAUUGUGGCACUUUUACUACAAGUAACAUGUUGCAGUAAUGAAUCAAAUAUUAAUGACCAAAUUAGAAUUAAAGUAAGUGUAAGAGAAGGUAAAUACUAUACGUUGUCAAAGACUGUAAUUUGCUACAUAAUCGCAUCUGUAUUUUUGUUUAGAAGAAAAUAUUAAAUGCAGAUGUUAAGGAUUGAUAAAGAGUCUAAUUUUAUUUUUAGAAAGAGUGAUUAUAACUCUGAUUUUGCUUAAUUAAAAUAACAUAUUCCUAUUUUUCUCUAAGUCUCUCCAUUUUUUAAAUUGUUUUAAUACUUACAUAACGUAUAUGAUCCACAGGUACAUAUCUUCUAAUAGUUGUUUCAGUGGAAGAUUAAGCAACACAGUUACUGAGUAGUUCCUGCAUUAAGGUCAGAACAGUGAAUGGACAACAUGCCAGUGCUCAAGGGAAGUGAUGGUAUCUCCUGGCAUCAUACAGGGUGAAUGCAAUACAGAAGAGAAUCUACCUGCUCAGAGGGCUGGAAACAGGUGAACUGUGUUUAAUACUUUGCAACAUUUUUAUGUGCUCAUCAGGACCUGAAACUUGAAAAAUUAUUUUCAAAUCUGCUAUUAACUUUGUCGUGUAGAUUGUGUGUUUUACACACACUACGUUUUUGGGCUUCUGUCAAGAAAUACAGUUCAAAAUGCAAAUACAUAAUUACAUAUGAAAAUAUGAAGAUACAUACAAAAUAGAAGACUACGUGUAUUCAAAGUACUUCCCCCUUCAGCUAGGUGUCGCUCGUCUGUAACCUGCAUUAAAAAGCGAACUUAAGCUAAUUUAUGCACGUCAUUUUGGGAUGGUUGUCAGGAGAGAUUAAAUAACUAAAAAAGGUUAGAAGUUUGCUAAUUGUAAUAAAACCUUUUUUCUCUAUUUGAAAUGCUAAUUAAAAAGGCAAGUAGAACAUCAUGAAGUUUGUGCAUCUAAACAUAAUGUUAGUGAGUCCUCAUUUAUGAUACAUCCGAAGUUAGAACAAAUGUAGUAAAUGAUACUGCUGUCUUCUGUGGAAUGAGAGUGCAUGACAGCUUGAACAACAGGCAGAAGCAUUUGAAGUAAGCUCCUAUGUGUUAUCAUGACUAUUAUUUGUUCUAAACUUCCUUAACACUGCAGCUAUCACUGACAGUUCAGCACCUUGGCUGUGAGGUUCUCUCACAAGAAGCAAAGAUCCCCCAUGGUUCAUCCCCAUUGUUAAAUGAAGAAAUCCUUCUCAUAAACUUGCAACUCAGCACACCAGUGUUUGUUUUAACCAUGUCUUAGCUGCGCAGACCUGCCUGUCAUACCAAUACUCUUAAAAUGUAACUUUAAAAGAGGCCAAAAAUAAAUGUUAUGUAAUUGAAGCAGUA